UUCUGCGCAUGCUCAUUGCUUGAAUGCUCAGCAGCUGUCAAAGGGAAAUGUUCUUGGCUGUAUUCGUCUUGAAGAAUGUUUUGGAGUGUAAUAUGUUACCACUGAACUAAUCAUGCGUUAUGAUGUUUUAUACCUGAUUUAUUAGAUUUAGGCGCGAAUAUGACCAAGUAUUAUAUUUUUGCGCAUUUGUUUGUGCAGGUGACUAAGGGCAUUCUCUAAUCGUGCGCCUGGUCUAGCUAAAUACAUUUGUUUUUUUUUUAAGAAACGUGAGAAUUUUGUGUUUUACAGACUAGUAUGAGAACAGACAAGCUAUAUAGUGGAGUUUGGUCACAUAUCGCGCUGCUGCAGUUAUGCGCAGUUCUCUUGAACAGUUUCUGUAAAGGCGAAGAUGCCUCCUGUAAAGGAGCGUUUGAUCUCUACUUUGUGCUGGAUAGGUCUGGGAGUGUAGCCGGUAACUGGGCUGAGAUCUAUGGAUUUGUUGAACAGCUGACCAACCGCUUUGUAAGCCCCAGAAUGAGGGUGUCUUAUAUAGUGUUCUCCUCCAGCGCUGAAGUUAUACUACCUCUAACAGGAGAUAGAGUUCAGAUAGAUCAAGGCCUGGGUGAGCUGAGUGCCGUCAAACCAGCCGGAGACACCUACAUGCACGAGGGGAUGAAGAAGGCUUUGGAGCAGAUGAAAGCCCAAACCACCAAGGGAUCCAGCAUCAUUAUUGCCUUAACAGAUGGAAAGCUGGAUGUCUAUCCUUAUGAGCUCACAGUGGAGCAGGCAAAUAAUGCCAGAUCAUUUGGUGCCAGGGUCUACUGUGUUGGUGUGAAAGACUUUGAUGCAAAUCAGCUUGUCGACAUCGCUGAUAGUCGAGAUCAGGUGUUUCCCGUGCUGGAGGGAUUCCAAGCACUUAAAAGCAUUGUUAAUUCGAUUCUAAAGAAAUCUUGUGCAGAACCUUACACAAUAGAGCCUUCCAGUGUUUGUGUGAAUGAGUCAUUCAACAUUGUCCUCCGAGGAGACGGUUUCGCCCGGGGGAGGACCCCAGAGGGAGUGGUCUGCACCCUCACUGUCAAUCACCAGACUUACAAUGAGAGACCAACUAUAGUGCAGGACAAUUACAUCCUGUGUCCAGCUCCAGUGUUGCAGGAGGUCGGAGAAUCCAUAGAGGUUUUGAUCAGCUUCAACAAAGGACAGUCUUUUAUCUCAAGUCCAGUGACGAUAUAUGCAACUACUUGUUCCAGUGGGCUGGUGGUGUUGCUACUGGUUUUGGUUCUGCUCCUGCUGAUGGUCCUGGCUCUUCUCUGGUGGUUCUGGCCUCUGUGCUGCACUAUCGUCAUCAAGGACCCUCCACCUCCUGUUCACCCCCCUCCCAUCCCUGUGGCUGAGCCUGAGGAAGAGCCUGAGUCGAAGAAGAAGUGGCCCAUGGUGGACGCAUCGUACUAUGGAGGUAGAGGGGCAGGAGGAAUCAAACGUAUGGAGGUCCGCUGGGGAGAUAAAGGGUCCACAGAGGAGGGGGCGAGACUGGAGAAAGCCAAAAAUGCUGUAGUCACCAUGCCCGAGGAAGUGGAAGAGCCCAUUAUCAGGAAGCCUCCCAGCAGGCCUCCACCUACAUAUCAACACCACACCCCUCAACAAUCCAAAUGGUACACUCCUAUAAAGGGACGCUUUGAUGCUAUGGUUGCACUGAUACGACAGCAGUACCAUCGGGUUGCUGUGAUGAGACCAACAGCAGAGGACCAGGGACGCUGUAUGAAAUUCACUCGAGUUCAGAGCCAGUGAACCAAAGGUCUUCUGAACAUACCGGGUCCUGAAGAGGAGGAAAAUUAAAUUGUGCCUUGUCCUACAAAAAUGUAUCAUUCUUAUAAUUAAUGCCAUAUCUGUCAAGUCAUUGUUGCAAUAGGUUUUAUUAAAAAAAAUGUUGAUAUUUUUUGCAUAGUUAAAUAGGCUGCAUAAAGACAUGAAUUCCAAGUCUCACAGACCUUAAUGUACGUAAAUUAAGGUUGUUGGUUCCUUUUGUAUAUUAUUUUUUAUUGUAUUACUGAAAUAGGAGAGUAAUGACAAUGGUUGUAAAUGAUUUUAACUGCAAGCGUACAGUGGUCUUUGAAAAGAAAGAACCACAGUCCUUAAAAACUAUACUGCACACUAGCCAAUAAUAUGGAUCACUCUUGCCUUAACAACAUUUGAAGCUGAAUGUGGAGAUGAAAAAUGGCCAAUUUAUAGUGAAAUUACCUCCAGAACAUCCCAAUGAAGUUUUAACUGUAUGUUUUUCUGACUUUUAUUUGACAAUAAAUGAGUCAUUGAAGUAUA